UGAUGUGAGGCUACAUGCAUAGCUUUGUCUACAUGACCAAAGUAUGAGGUGCCAAGAUGUUAGCCUUUCAACCCAUUCCUUAACCUCCAGUAUCUUUUAGCAUUGUUUAGUCAUGCCAAACUAUACUAUGCUUUAACUUCACUCCUACUCAAAAAUGCAUAAAACCUCCCCCUCUAAACCCUUUGUACAAUGUCCUCAUCAUUCUGUUGUGUUGAGCACCACCUCAUUAACUCUUUCUUCCCACCGUUAAGCUCCACUAAUCCCCAUGAUCCCUUCAGGAAUAAUGAAGCCUCCCAGAGGAAAGCUUCCUCUCCCCAUCAUUAUCAUCACAACCUGUGUUCUUGUUUUUGUGGCUAUCUUGUAUGCAGAGAGACUCAGUUUCCUCUCUUCCAACUCCAUUUUCAAGUUCAAACCAUGUCCUAGACAAAUCACAAAACCAAAGUCUAAUGAAGAAAAGACUGGUGACAGAAAGGCAGAUGAAGAAAAAGCAGGUGACAAAAAGGCAGAUGAAGAUGUUGUGAUUAUGAAUGCAUCAUCAUCAUGGAUUGAUGACAGGUUUGAUUUUGACCCUGAGGAGUGCAAUGUUGCCAAUGGAAAAUGGGUGUUUAACUCUUCAGUAACGCCUCUCUACUCUGACAUAAGCUGUCCAUAUAUAGAUAGACAAUUUUCUUGUGUCAAGAAUGGGAGGAAUGAUUCUGACUAUCGCCAUUGGGAGUGGCAGCCAGAAGACUGCACCUUGCCACGUUUCAACCCAGAGCUAGCCCUCAGAAAGCUUCAAGGGAAAAGACUGCUAUUUGUUGGGGAUUCACUGCAGAGAAACCAGUGGGAGUCUUUUGUCUGCUUGGUAGAAUCGAUCAUACCUCAUAAGCAUAAAUCUAUGAGACUGGGGAGAGUUCAUUCAGUCUUCACUGCUAAGGCAUACAAUGCCACCAUAGAAUUCUAUUGGGCCCCUUAUCUUGUGGAGUCCAACAGUGACAUUGACAUCAUAGAUAUAAGGAAAAGGAUAAUAAAAGUGGAUGCUAUAGCUGAAAGAGCCAAAAACUGGACAGGAGUGGACAUCCUUGUAUUCAACACCUACGUAUGGUGGAUGAGUGGUAUUAGGAUAAAAACAAUAUGGGGUUCCUUUGCCAAUGGACAAGAAGGGUAUGAAGAAUUUGACACCCCAAUUGCUUACAAGUUAGCUUUGAAAACGUGGGCCAAUUGGAUCGACUCAACCAUCAAUCCAAACAAAACCAGGGUCUUUUUCACCACUAUGUCACCAACACACACAAGAAGCCAAGACUGGGGCAACAUGGAAGGUGUGAAAUGCUUCAAUGAGACAAAGCCAGUGAUGAAAAAGAAGCACUGGGGAACUGGUUCUGACAAGAGAAUAAUGAGUGUGGUGUCCAAAGUAGUGAAGGAAAUGAAAGUUCCAGUAACAUUCAUCAACAUAACACAGUUAUCAGAGUACAGAAUUGAUGGCCAUUCCUCAGUUUACACUGAAACUGGAGGGAAACUGUUGAAUGAAGAGGAAAGGGCUAAUCCAGAAAACGCAGAUUGCAUACACUGGUGUUUGCCUGGAGUUCCUGAUACGUGGAAUCAAAUACUUUUGGCUAUGUUGUAACAAAUAUAUAAAUCUUGCACAAAGAUCCAUGCCUUUUUUUUUUCUUUAACACUUGUGACAUGAAGAUGUCAACUAUUUUCUUUGUUUGUGUACAUUAUUCAUGUUGAAAUGUCAUCUGUGUGAUAUACAAA